ACAAAACGGUCCUUUCUCAUGUCAAGGUACCUGUACGCCUUUCGCUGAUCAAAUGGAAGCCUUCCAGAAGUAUUGAAAAGGUUGAAAUUGCAUGUCCAUCUACUGCCAUCCCUCCGGCCACUGGUUCCCAGCUUACUAGCACGGCUACCAUUGAAAGCCUGUUUCUCUCCGCCUAAGCCUCGCAAACAUGGGGACCGGAGACGCCUCAUCAGCAAGGCCUCCGGUGGUUCUUUUCGGAUAUGACUCGUCGCCAUUCACCACCAAGGUCAAGUUGGCUCUCAGGUUGAAACAAAUCCCAUACAUUUUUGUGGUUGUGCCUUCGAUGAUGCCACGCCCGGUCCUAAAGGACAAUUUCAACGUCACUUAUAGAAAGAUUCCGGUUCUGGCUAUUGGACGAGAGAUCUACAUCGACACAUCGCUGAUUCUCGAAGCACUCGAAAGCCAAUUUCCUUCCGCACAAGGUUACGGAACACUGUACCCAUCCUCUUCGGCCUCCUUCCGACCACUCGUCCGUGGCUUUGCGUCAUACUGGACCGAUCGCCCCCUUUUCCGCGUAACCACAGGUCUGAUACCCUCGAGUGUCUGGCGCACGCAUUUUGGCGUCGACCGGUCGAAUCUGAUCGGGCAUAAACUAGACGCGGAGAAACUGGGGAGGAAAGUCCCUCAGAAUCUCAGCGGAUUGGAUUUGCAGUUGAGCUUGUUGGAGCCACUGCUCUCCGAUCAGCAAUCCAAAGCAUGGAUCUUCGGGGGCGAUGUGCCAAGCGUUGCGGACCUGGCACUGUGGUAUCAGCUCGAUUGGGGCGAGAAGAUCAGUCGCGGAGAAGGGAUUGGGAAUCUGACAGGCGGAGGAACGAAUGAUGGCGACGGAGAGGGAAUGGGGGCUGUGUUCAACAAAGACCGCUAUCCUGGAAUCAUUGCUUGGUUUGAGCGUUUCAAAGCAUACGUUGCAGGGCUUCCGAGCGUGGAGACAAAGAUCGAGAGGGAUAAUGCAGAGGGCGUCACGAGGGUGAUGCAGCAACUCAAGCAGACACUAUUGUUGGAGGAAGUCCCUCUGCUUGCAACUCCAGCUGGUCCGCACUACGACCUCGAUGGACGCAAUGGUCUUGUUGCAGGGGCGGACGUGACCAUCGCUCCUGAUGAUACUGGAAGGGAUAGUCCCACGGUAGGGACUUUGGUGGCCCUCACGCCAGAAGAGGCGGUCAUCACACCUCAAAAGACAACCGAGGGCACUGGCCCAGCUGUGGGAGAGGUGAGAAUCCACUUUCCCCGUACCGGGUUCGUGAUAAGGCCUGCUGGGCAGGCGAAGCUGUGA